AUCAACUAUGGAGAGAGAAAAUGGGAAGGUCUUCUUAUUCGCAUAUCCUUAAAGUGCAAUGACUUAACCACAACCUGUCUCACAAUAGCUUUUCUUGGAAAUAGAUUACAUCCAUUACAGAACAACACAUUGCAGGGUGACAUCAUAGUAGAUACUGAGCCAUCUAAGAAAGCCACAGGUGAAAAAACCAACAUAUGGAUGUUUAUUUGGCUCACUUGUGGACUUUCUCUUGCUAUUAUGGUGAUUGUUAUCAUUUUAGUUGCAGUAUUUAUAUCUAAGAGAAGAUCAAAGAAAUUUACCAUAAAUGACGAAGAAAGGGUCAAGCAGCGAUUACCACCCGACAGUUCUAUAGAAACCGGUGUCGAAAUAACAGAUGACAGUAAUCAAAUAUACAAAGAGCUUGAUGAAAAAUAUCAGCAUUGCAAAUCAUUUUAUAAGCCUCUAGAACUAAAUCAAGGAUCACAGAGACAAGAACAACCGAUAUAUGAAGAGGUUGAACCUGAAUAUAGAGAAAUUGAACCAACUUAUAAUGAAUUAGAACCAAGAUGUGAUAUAUACGAGGAAGUACCUUAUUCUGUGAACUCCAAAACAGAUUCUGUGUUGUCAGAAAGUGUACAGAGUACUGAUAUACAUAAAAAAACUUCUCCAGAAACAUUUAAAUAUAUGUUUGCAGAAGUAAGCAAAGACUAACUUGUUACACAAACAUAGAAAAUAAUAUAUUAAGUUAUUUGAAAGU